AUGCAGGAACAACAAGCAAACACCAAUCAGGGCCACCACGCGAUUGUGUUCGGGUGCUCUGGCAUCAACGGCUGGGCGCUGGUCAACCAGCUACUAUCCGACUAUCCCUCGCGCGGCACGUUCAGCAGAGUGACGGCCGUUGCGAACCGUGCGUUCAGCCGCGACGAGGCCCAAUGGCCCUCCGAUGAUCGUUUGCAGAUGGUCUCGGGCGUGGACCUGCUAGCCGGCGACGAUCAGGCCCUGGCCGCCACCUUGCACGAGAAGAUCCCUGCUGUCGAGACGAUCAGCCAUGUGUACUACGCGGCCUACCGCGCCAGCGACGUUCCCGCCGAAGAAUGCCGGAUGAACAAGGAGAUGCUGCGAGCCGCCGUGCAGACCCUGGAGAAGCUGUCGCCUAGCCUCUCCUUCGUGACGCUGAUCACCGGCACAAAGGCCUACGGCGUCUACCUCCUUGACAAAUUCCCCUUCCGCGGCCAGACCCCGCUGAGCGAAGACCUGCCCCGCGUGCCCGCCGAGUACGCCCAGGACCUGUUCUACUACCACGAGGUCGACCUGCUGCAGGAGCUCAGCAAGGACAAGCAAUGGUCGUGGUGUGAAGUGCGCCCGGACGUGAUUGUCGGCGUAGCCCCAAUCGGCAACGCAAACUGCAUGGCGCAAACAAUGGGCAUCUACCUAAGCCUAUACCGCCACAUCUUCGGCGCGGGCGCCCGCGUGCCCUUCCCAGGCAACGAGACCACCUGGCGCCUGACCUCCACAGACUCAAACCAAGACAUCAUCGCGCGCUUCUGCAUCCACGCCUCUCUGCAGCCCGCCGAAAAAGUGCACGCCCGCGCGUUCAACAUCGCCGACAGCGCGCGCCCCGUCGCCUGGGCCGAGCGCUGGCCGGCGCUGGCGCGCUACUUCGGACUGGAGGGUGUCGGGCCCGAUGCUUCGGCGCUGCAUCCUACAAAGUUUAUGGAGGAGCAUUGGGGCACUGUGCAGGAGUUGUGUCGGGAGAAGGGGCUCAAGGAGGAGGUGAUUUGGCGGAGUACGCAUAAUACUGGCGCCCGCAUGGGGAGUCUGCGGUUGAUGGAUUUUGAUCGCGAGUUUGAUUUAUCUAGGGCUAGGGGGAUUGGGUUCCAGGAGGAGGUUGGCGUUGAGGAGUCGUGGCAUCGUGCUUUUGAGAGGGUUGGGAGGGCGGGGUUGUUGUUCUAG